CACGCCGGGAGUUGCAGUUCCCGGGCGAGGCAGUUGGCUGCCCCACACCGAGCUCGGGCCUCACCCGGAUGGCGGCUGCGACGCGCGGCUGCCGGCCCUGGGGCUCGCUCCUCGGGCUGCUCGGGCUGGUCUCGGCCGCGGCCGCCGCCUGGGACCUGGCUUCCCUGCGCUGCAACUUGGGCGCCUUUUGCGAAUGCGACUUCCGGCCCGACUUGCCGGGUCUGGAGUGUGAUCUGGCUCAGCACCUGGCCGGCCAGCAUCUGGCCAAGGCGCUGGUGGUGAAGGCGCUGAAGGCCUUUGUGCGGGACCCAGCCCCCACCAAGCCGCUGGUCCUCUCCCUGCACGGCUGGACCGGCACCGGCAAAUCCUAUGUCAGCUCCCUGCUGGCGCACUACCUCUUCCAGGGCGGCCUCCGCAGCCCCCGCGUGCACCACUUUUCUCCCGUCCUCCACUUCCCCCACCCCAGCCACAUCGAGCGCUACAAGAAGGAUCUGAAGAGCUGGGUCCAAGGGAACCUCACUGCCUGUGGCCGCUCCCUCUUCCUCUUCGAUGAGAUGGACAAGAUGCCCCCAGGCCUGAUGGAAGUCCUGCGGCCUUUCCUGGGCUCCUCCUGGGUGGUAUACGGGACCAAUUACCGCAAAGCCAUCUUCAUCUUCAUCAGCAACACGGGUGGCGAGCAGAUCAACCAGGUGGCAUUGGAGGCGUGGCGCAGCCGGCGGGACCGCGAGGAGAUCCUCCUGCAGGAGCUGGAGCCGGUCAUCUCCCGCGCGGUGCUGGACAACCCGCACCAUGGCUUCUCAAACUCGGGCAUCAUGGAAGAGCGCCUCCUAGACGCAGUGGUGCCCUUCCUCCCGCUCCAGCGGCACCACGUCCGGCACUGCGUGUUCAACGAGCUGGCCCAGCUGGGCCUGGAGCCAAGGGAUGAGGUUGUCCAGGCUGUGCUGGACAGCACCACCUUCUUCCCUGAAGACGAGCAGCUCUUCUCCUCCAACGGCUGCAAGACCGUGGCCUCCCGAAUCGCCUUCUUCCUCUGACUCUCUGAGUGGUGUCCUCAGCCCCCCUGAUGGCCAGGCCAUGCAGGAAAGGCCUGGGGCCUCUGUCACAGGAACUCAGAGCACCAAGUGAGAUGAACGGAGUGUCGGCUAGGCCACGGGACAGAUGGCCGGGAAGGGCCCUGGCCUCUAAACUGGCUCGAGAGCAUCUUGGCCCCGGCCACCUUCCCCAGGGAAACCCCUGGUCACCCCAGAACCUCACUGAGCUUUGACCUCCCCCUGCAGCCUGAGCCUUCUUACUGUGAAUUAUAACUCAGGGACUGUGGCUCGUGGCGGUGCUCCCUCCUCAGUCUGCCACCCUUGCCCCUUGCCCCUUGCCUCCUUGGUCGGGCACCAUACCUCUUCUCCUCCACCCCACACCCUGUGUCCAUAUCAAGCCAGGUGGAGCCUUCUCAGUUUCCAGAAAUGGAGGGACUCAAGCUGCCACUUGGGCCUGGUUUUAGAUAUUUUUAAUUUUGUAAAAGAAGACAACAAGUAUAAUAAACUCAGCUGUGGGACCAGA